UAGUAAGGAGCCGAGGAGUGAGACCAAGAUAUGAGAUGUCUGUCACGUGUUCAGUCAGUUGAUGUUUGUUAUGUGAUCCCGGGAGGAGCCGUACAUCACCACCGCCUUCCACCUCCCCUCUUGGUGGCGGACAACCUGUGACUCGUCUACAUCAAUAUUACUGAUACUAUUAAAAUCGUGUAAUGGAUUGUAAAGAAACAGCAUCACCACCACAGCGAACUAGCUCAUGCGAGGACCCAAACGAUGAAGAAUCCGCAAUGCCGAUGGUGGCAGUAACAGCCACUGGCGAGGACCCCAACCUGCCCUCUGCUAAGGAUGGAAGGUACGGCUGGGUGGUGGUGGCAGCGACCUUCGUUAUCAACAUAAUGGUGGCAGGAUACGUCAAGAGUUUCGGCCUUCUCAGCCAGUCCAUCCUGGAGCGCUUCCCCAACACCUCUGCAGCAACAGCCGGAUGGAUGAUGGGACUCAUGACGGGCUGCCGAGGAAUCCUGGCUCCGAUGUUGGGACCGCUGAUGGUGAUGGUGGGCCCUCGGUUGUGUUCUGUGUGUGGCGGUCUGUUAGUCGCCCUGGGCCUCCUGCUAGCCCUGCCUGCCACCUCCGUCUUCCACCUGGCCGUCACUGUGGGUGGCCUCGUAGGUGUGGGUCUGGCCAUGAGCGAGACGCCGGGUUUCAUAGUCAUUUCCCAAUACUUCGAAAAGCGACGAGCUACAGCCAAUGGAUUACGAUCUGCCGGAAACCCCUUCGGAGGUGUGGUGUUCCCCUUCAUUGUCGUCUUCCUUUCCCGAGAAUUCUCACUCUGGGGCAUCCUUAUGCUACUCUGCGGCAUUAUGCUGCAGAUCUGUGUGAUGGGAAUGUUACUGAGGCCAUUCUAUGUUCACCAGAGGAUAGUAGAGCGGGACUACUACAGGAGCUCCUCCCUCAACGCUCACGAGCACCAGUCCAGGGAUUCCGGUCAGGUGAAGAAAAUCAUUGAGAAAAAUAAUUCGGCAAGCAAGAAAAAACCUCUAGAAUUAUCCUACCUGAAGAACCCAGUGUACCUGGUGUACUUAGUGAUGAUCAUGUGUACUUGUGCGGGCCUUAGCAACGUGUUUUACUACCUUAUACUCUUCAGUCUAUCCAUCGGCCUGAGUGAGACUGACGUCUCCUUCAUUGUGGCCUUCCUCUCAGUCCUCGACAUGUUCGCCAGGAUGGUCAUCGGUAGGAUCGGUGACACCAAAAUCAUAAAGAAGAGACACAUGUUUAUACUGGGGCAGAUAUUGGCCGGGGUGUCGCUAUUUCUGGUGUCUUCCACUAAGAGCUUCUGGCCUCUGGUAUCGGUGGUGUGGAUUCACUCAGUGGGCGUCGCUGCUUUCUGGGCACUCAUCAGUACCCUCCUAGCCGACCAGUUUGGCGAAGAUUCCCUGGCCACCACCUGGGGCUUCUUCAGGAUGACGCAAGGUGUCUUCAGCUUUGUUUAUCCCUCACUGCUGGGACUGGUGGCUGAUGUGGUCGGGUGGAUGGGAGCGCCUCUCAUCUUCAUGGGUUCUAUGUACUGCAUGGGCGGCCUCGUCUUUGCCCUUCAACCCCUCAUUGUCAGGGUCUCGGGCAUCAAAGUCAACCAGACCUGACACACCCCUGAUCACUAACGCCACACACACACACACAACAUCCUUGACCACCGGAGGGUCAAGACCUAUCAGGCGCUGCUCCUGCUGCGGCAGCUGCCCCCAGCCAAUGUUUGACCCAUUCCCCAAGUCCCUCUCCUCGACCCAUCCUCACCACAGGGAUAUCAAUUUCGUUUCGGAAAGAAGUGGGAGCAGUGUUGAACAGUGAUGAACAGUGCUUAAGCCAGUGAAUUCAGCACUAGACAGUGCAAGCAAGAGCCGUGACCCACCAGUGAGAUAAGCACCCCUGGGAAAGUACCACCAUCUUCUAACUAGGCGGUGUUAAUAAGUCCACCCUGGGAAUAACAGUGGGUCGGGUUUACACCUGACUAUGUGAUAACACAACAUCACCUAGCAGAGAGUGAGGUACUGUGACACCAUCCCACACUGCACGGUGUCUCCAUGACCACUUGAGGUCCUUCAUAUCAACACCUAUGGACGAGUUACUGCACCACG